AUGGAUGUUCACCCUACACGUGCAAAUAAAGGAUUCACAAGAAAAAAGAAAAGAGAUCCCGUAAACUGGAAAGCAAAUGUUGCCAAACGUGCAAGGUAUUCUCCAAAAAGCUUGCCAGAUCGAAUAUGUGAACAUAAUAGAAAAGCAUUAAAAUGUGCAACUCUAACAAUGCUGUUCACUAACAUCCAGCUGCUGGCAGUCAAAUCCCAACCUCGAAAACACGUGGACGUAUGUGCAGUUAUCGAAGGAUAUUUUGCGAAUGACUAG